AGAAAAAUCAUGUGUAAAACAGAGAGUUCCCAAAACCACCCUUUAACACCUUGUGCAUGUUUUUAAGAUCCCAUGGCAAGAGGAAUAGGACCACUAUGAUGGGCUUAGACUACUGUAACUAAGACUCAUGCCUGGGCCUGGCUCCAUUCUUCCCUGGAGUUCAUGGCUGCUUGGUACAACACUAGAGUUGUUAGGAAGGAGGGAGAUGGGGUUGGAGAAUAGGUGUGAGGUGUGCAACCAGCUGUGUCUGGGCCCAGAAGUCCAGGUUGUUAAUCUUGGCACACUACUGCUAUAUCCAGCUUUUCUGAGUCUCACUCCUUAGCUCCCACCCACAUGCUAGCACAUUCCCUUAACUGUGGGCCGAGUCUCCUACAACGCUAACUCUAAAUGACACAUAUGAAGGCCAUUCUUAGCAGAACAGUGAGGACUAUGAAAGGUAUUCCUGGGGGCCCAGCACUCUUAUGCAGUUCUCCUAAGAUGUCAGUGGGGUGCUUGUUCAGACCAGGUACCAGCGAUCUGGGGGUGGGGAGAAAAGCAGAGGCAGGGGAAGCUUUCCCUGUGCCUGCUCUGUCUGCUGGAAAGGUGGGCCAGUCUGCCCGAGUCAGCCCCAGAUCUGAGUUCCACAAUCUGACAUCUCUUCUUCCUAGUCUGUGCUUUCUCUUCUCUUAGGAUCUGAACAGUUUUCUUAACAAAUUGUAACCUGCUCCCGUCCUAAUCUUUAACCCCACAUUACCCUUCUGUCUUCUCCCCUGAACACCCACAGCAAGAAUACCUGGACCACUGAAUUUAUAACCAUUCACUGAUUGCCUAUAUGUCAAUACUACACAAUAGGGAAAGGAAUUAAGUUUCAGUAGGUGUGUGCUAGGUGCUGGAGUAAGUUCUUUCAUGUACAUUAUCUUUAUCCUUACAGUAACUUGGUAGGUUGGGAAUUUAGGUGCAGAGAAGUUACAUUGCCUGCUCAGAGAGGUUAAGGUCCACUCAAGGCCACAAGGAGCCUGUGAUUGCCUGAUCUCACGCCUGUGCUCUUUCCCCUCACCACCAUUCUGGCUUCUUCAUCUUUACAAAACACAUCUGCAUACAUUAUUUAAUUUGAAUGUCACAACUGUAGCAGAGGGAAUAGUAGUAUCUGCACUUAUAAAUGCAGACAAUGGGAUUCAGAGAUACGAAGUGACUUGUCUAAAGUCACAUGGAACUUGGCUUUUGUAACUCCUACAUAGCACACGUUCUACUACAGGGUAGAGUGUGCUGGCAGAGCAUGACGUAUGUGUCCAAUGAAUGAUUCAGAUUAUAGUGGAUGUUCAAGAAGUAAUUCUUAUAAAGUUAAUGUUACCCUCUAGAGGUCUCAGAUUCCUUUUUUCCCUGUCACCUGUCCUCUAUCUUCUCCCUCUGGGCUUUGGUAAGUCCUCUCAGAGCCCCCUCUUCCCCGAUUCAACAGAGACUAAUGAAUCUACAUCUGCAGGGACUUAAAAGGGGGGGAUAGUCUUCUGAGACAGAGUUGAUGGACCUACCAGUUUCUGCUCUCCCACCCCACUCCUUAGGGUUUCCUAAGAUCCUGGAGUGGGGAGUCUGUGCUCCUCAGCCUUUGGGGAGUGCAUUUGUCCUGGAGUGGACAGACUAGUGAGCCUUUCUCUCCAGUUCUGCCUUGGCCCUGGCAGUUGUCAUGCCGGUGCCCCACCCCUCCUGUCUCCUCCUGCAGCCUUGCCGCCUCCCUCUAGCCUGGACACAGCACACACAACACACACAGCACACAGCCUCCCUCAAAGGGAAACAAAAGGAACUGCCUGUUCCCAUGGCCAUGGCUAGCACCUUUGUACCAGGACUGAGCACUCAGAACCCUCGUUAUAUCCCAGGUGAGUGAGUCCUGUGCUACAUGUAUACUGGACACUGCCCACUACUGCGGUUCAGCAUGGGCCAGACCUAUGGGCAGGUGACAGGUCAGCUGCUCCGAGGUCCUCCUGGCCUAGCCUGGCCCCCUGCCCAUCGCACACUUCUGCCUCCCAUUCGGCUUCCAAGAUCUCCUGAGAUUCCCAAGAGAAGCCUACCUCUCAGGCGUGGGCAUGAAAGGCUCAGCAGCAUGAUCCCGAGGUACACAGGUUUUGUACCCCAGGCACAGUUCAUCUUUGCCAAGAGCUGCAGCCAAGUCUGGGCCGAGGCUCUCAAUGAUUUUACUCACUGUUAUGGAGGGUAAAGGAGUCAAGAGCUGCCAGAGGAGGCCAUGGGAGAAAAAGACAUGGAGAAAGACCAAGAGACUAAGCCAGAGCUAGAGCUAGAGGUGGAGAAGGAGCCAGAGCUGGAGCAGGAGGUGAAACAAAAGGCUUCCCCCUAUUCCAUGGAUGACAGAGAUCCUCAGAAGUUUUUCAUGUCAGGCUUCACUGGCUAUGUACCCCAUGCCAGCUUCCUGUUUGGCUCCAGCUUUCCUGUGCUUACCAACCAGGCACUGCAAGAAUUUGGGCAGAAGUACUCAGGCAGUAGGAGCCAGAAGGAUCCUAAACGUCUACCCCCACUUCCCAGGACCUACCCUCAGAAACUGGGCCUUUUACCUAACUAUGGGGGCUACGUGCCAGGGUAUAAGUUCCAGUUUGGCCACACUUAUGGGCAUCUCACCCAUGAUGCUCUGGGCCUCAGCACCCUCCAGAAGCAGCUCCUGGCUUAGGUACCUGGACUUCAAAUUCUCCCUUUCCUUUUCAUCCUAUCCUAACCAACCUUUUGGAAGGAAGAGAGGUAAGGGAUACAAAGAGAAACUAGUUUGGAGGCCAAGCACCUUUUUUAUUAAUAGGUGUAAUAAAUAAAUAAAUAAAUACA